UUAUCCUAUCUAUCAGUAGCCACUAGGAAAUCAAAUAAUUCGGACGUCGAAAUACCCCCGAGAAAUUAAAAACACUAAAAAACUAAAAAAUAAUAUGCUGUAUAUAAAUUACAGCAUAAAAAUAUAUUUUAUAAAAUUGCCGUUAAAAAAACCAUUUAGCUAAAACAUUCCGUUGGUUGUGAUAUAUUUGUAUUUGUUAUUAGUUUUGUACGAAUUGUAUUUUGUUGUUGUAUAUAGAAGGUUUAUUUUUUAUGAAGAAUGGUCAUGAUUAUGAAGUACUGCGGCGAUGGCGCGUCCCUGAGCGCUGCCGGCAGCAAGCGCUCCGCCGUCUCGGCUUCGGACGCCGAGUGCUUCUCGCUGUGCCUGGGCGCCGGGCCUCUGUGGUGGUCCGAUGUCCCAGCGAACGACUCGGCACCGCCCGGAGGGGUGAACAGCGGGGCUUCGAGCCCCGCUACCCCAUCCACCCCCACCCACGACGACAACAAUCGAGACUUGUUGAGCGCGCUACUAUGGGGCAGCGCGUCCUCGCUCAGCGGCAGCGCCGAGAGCCUGUGCUCCGAGCAUCCCGCGCUGCAGACGCAGCAUCAGCAAGCGGUGGUUAACAAGAUCCUGGAGCGUAAGGACCGCCAGCCCGUGAAGAUCGACUUCAAAAUCUUCCUCACCGAGAACACCGUCACCCGUUGGGAAGCUGUGGUGCAAGGCAACACCAUGUUCCUGCGUCUGCCCGGAGUACUUCAAGCCGGCAGCAAGGAGAGCUUCAUGCUGCUGCUAGAUUUUGCCGAAGAACGCCUGCAUGUCGCUCACUGCAUCAUCUGCGUGCUGAAGUCCCGCGCGGACCGCGCCACGCUGCUGCGCACGUUCAUGUUCAUGGGCUUCUCCGCGCUGCCGCCCGCCGCGCCGCUGCUGCCGCCCGACGUCGCGCACCCCGACUACAUCUUCCUGCACUACAACAUGCAGUGAGCCCCGUAGCCUUCUGUCCCCACUCUCUAUACCCUGUAUCUUUAGCUAAUUCAAUAAAAGACAAACUAUUUGUACAUUUUCGGGUAGUAUUUUUUUUUUUUUUUGGGACAAAAACCAGUAGACAGAAGUAGAAUACAAAUAAUAAAGUGCCAGACCAACAAGAUUGUCCACAGAUUACUAGAUUAACCAACAAAUCUAGUUAUAACAUUUAUUGGUUAACCGACUCGAUACAAAACCGCCUGGAUCUAUUAAACAACCUGGGGCUAGUUCUCGAACGGUAUUAGACUAAUAUUAUUAGUCUACAAAUUGUCAAACGGUUGCUAUGGCAACACACUAAUAAUAUUAGACUAAUAUCGUUCGAGAAAUGGACCGGUGAGUUUUACAUUAUUUGAUCGUGUAAUGUUUUCAUUUACCCUCAACUGGCUUAGGAAAUUUGAGGGUAGAUUUUGUCUACUUUUAUUUAAAUACCUAAAGAUACAGAGUAUUAUCCAGUCUGAAAUGAGGACCACUUUGGAAGUUGUUGAAUAUAAUGCCCAUGUAAAUGUUUCCAUCGUGUUUGUCACCGACAUAAAAAAAUAUCACAGUAAAUCUUGCAAAUCAUACGACAUGACCCCGAUCAUAAAAAACCUGCAGAUCACUGUCUAAAACAGGCAUUUUAUAACUUCGCUCUAGUGAAACCAUCAUAAAAAAAUAACUAAUAGUCCUCAAAAGACUGGACAACAGAAUCAUACCAUUAUAUUGGAGCAAUGCUAUACUUAAAUAUAUGAAUUGUACCACCAGAGUCUACCAUCUAUGUAAGAGAGUUCGGAAACAAAAUUACCGGUUAACAAUACAAAUUAGAUAUCCAACGAAUAGUGGCUUGGCUGAAUACCGAAUAAUGGCCGAAUAUUAAUCCCAAUACAAAUCCUCUUUAUUGCCCAAUAAAAAAAUAAAUAUCAACACAAAAUACAUGAAGAUAGAAGUUGUCCUGGCAGGAACGCCAUGUGAGGUGUGGCAUCAAUUGAGACAACUUUUUGGUUGGAAGUAUAGUUUAAUUAUGAAAAACGAUCCUUAACCUACGGAGUAUAUAUAGCCAGAUUAUCUGAAGGUAUGUAUAACGUACAGUGCACACGACAAGGUAAACAACAGCCUUAUCGCUACAGAGCGAUUUCUUUCACACAACUUUUUAAAUUACCGGUUAAAUUAUAUUUUGAAACUCCAAUUUUGCUCAAAAACGUUUAAGAUAGCAUUGCUCAAGGCAACUCGAAUGUACUCAGGUUUCGGCAGUAGUGCGAUUAGUAAUAGUUGGCCUUAAAGUUGUGUUGCGAUCUUAAUAAACUUUACCCUAACAGUUAUAAACACAGCAAUACAGAUUGUUUUUUAACUGUUGCACAUAAAUAUCACGACAUUUGACUAUAUGACUAACUUUAAAAUACAAUCUACAGUGAUUUUUUGUAAGCAUGCUCCAUCCUAGACCGCAUUGACACUUACCUUCUAGUGCGAUUGUGGUCAGAUACGUUCAUCCAUUAAAAAAAAAAUGAAAAGUGUAAGUUUUAAAUGUGUUUAGCUGUUGGGUAAAAAGUUAAUUAUCUAGAAGGCAUUGAGGUAGUAUUUUCGAUCAGCACAUUUCAAACACUAUGUCACGGCUUGCUUAUAGUAAAAGCGACAACAAGUCUUAUUAGUAUUUAGAUAUUAAGUAUAUAUCGAUCUUACUCGAUUGCUUGAUUUAAUGUUAACUUUAUUUUUAAGAUUUUUCUUGAUAUUUUACUAACACAGUCUUGUAGACAAAAAUAUGGAUACUUGGUGUCUGAAUUAAAUAUUUUCAUUUUCAUUUUCAUUUCAUUUCAUUUUCAUUUUUAAAAGUAUUAUGGAGACUUUAGGGCAGAUAUUAACAUUGGUAAUCUGCUAUUUUGUAGAUUUAGAUUAUUUCUGAUAGUGUUUGGCCUUUUUUUUUAAAAUUUCAUUCGAAUUAAAAACAGUAUUUGACAAGCAAACGAGUAAAAUU